AUGAAGUUCUCAAGUCUCUUCGUUGUCUUUACCAGUCUUUUGCUUACUGUUGUCUCUGCUGCAAGAUACCCGGCCAUUCUUAAAUUUCUUCCAUCACCUCGCAUUUUCCCACCGCCUUAUUUCACUGUGAUUGACUUGCCAACCAUUGAACAAUCGAUUCGCGUCAAUUUAUGGCAACUCGGAAGUCCUCAGGAUCUUACUCAAGCUUAUCCAGGACAACUAUCCAGAGGUUAUGUUGAGGUUGAUGACCUCUCCGCUUUUGAUGGACGAUAUGCAGGGCUUGUCAAUGAUGAUACGGAAAAUCUCGAGGUGAAAAUCCACCGCGAUGAUGGAAAAAUGUUUACAUUCAUUGGUCAAAGCGCAACGGAGGAAACAGUUACAAACAUGAAGGUUCGAGCGGACGUGAUUCCACAGGAUGAUGUCGACCUAUGGAGCUGGUGGUAG